UCAGCUUGUGUACGAGCCAGGAGGAGAUCCAUAAGGUACAGCCAGUAGCUGCUCGACAAUUGUCGCUCACGGUUUCUCUCGCCCACACAUAUAUAGUGCAUCAGUUUCAUUACACACUCGCAUCCAAACCUUGAUCCAGUCGUGCUUCCUAAUAUCAACUUGUUCCGACUCAAUUUCGUCGCUAAAAUCCUUGCAAUAUCUGAGUGUUGAGUAAUCCUUUUCGACUCGGAUGGCUUCGACCAUGUUGUCUUUAGCUUCUGCAACUCCAUCAGCUUCACUGUCUAUGCAGGAAUCUCACAAGGAAAAAGUGAAGCUUUGGAGUUCAGGUUUGAGCUUCAACAAGGAGAAAAUUAAUCCUUUCUCUAAUACAAAGCAGUCAUUUGGUCGGAUAUCAAUGGUUGCAGCGGUCAACGUUUCCAGAUUUGAGGGCAUAACGAUGGCCCCACCCGAUCCAAUUCUUGGAGUUUCCGAAGCAUUCAAAGCAGACAAUGAUGAAAGGAAGCUGAAUCUUGGAGUUGGGGCCUAUCGGACGGAGGAGCUUCACCCUUACGUGCUCAAUGUUGUUAAGAAGGCGGAGAAUCUUAUGCUUGAAAGAGGGGAAAACAAAGAGUACCUCCCAAUAGAAGGUCUGGCAGCAUUCAAUAAGGUGACAGCUGAGUUAUUGUUCGGAGCAGACAGCCCCAUAAUACAACAACAAAGAGUUGCAACCGUUCAAGGCCUUUCAGGAACUGGUUCUCUCCGUCUAGCUGCAGCUCUUAUAGAAAGAUAUUUGCCAGGGGCAAAGGUUCUGAUAUCAUCUCCAACAUGGGGUAAUCACAAGAAUAUUUUCAAUGAUGCUAGAGUUCCAUGGUCUGAAUAUCGAUACUAUGAUCCUAAAACAGUGGGUUUGGAUUUUGAGGGGAUGAUAGCUGACAUAAAGGCAGCCCCUGAAGGGUCCUUUGUGCUGCUUCAUGGCUGUGCUCACAACCCAACUGGUAUAGAUCCAACACCCGAACAAUGGGAAAAAAUUGCUGAUGUCAUCCAAGAGAAAAACCAUAUUCCAUUUUUUGAUGUUGCAUACCAGGGAUUUGCUAGUGGAAGCCUUGAUGCAGAUGCAGCAUCAGUGAGAUUGUUUGCUGCACGAGGUUUGGAGCUUCUGGUUGCACAGUCAUACAGUAAGAAUUUGGGUCUUUAUGCAGAAAGGAUAGGGGCAAUCAAUGUUGUGUGCUCGUCAUCAGAUACAGCAGCAAGAGUAAAAAGCCAACUGAAGAGGAUUGCUCGACCUAUGUACUCAAAUCCUCCUAUUCAUGGGGCUAGGAUAGUUGCUAAUGUUGUUGGGGAUCCAGCUCUCUUUAAUGAAUGGAAAGCGGAGAUGGAAUUGAUGGCUGGAAGAAUAAAGAAUGUGAGGCAGAAGCUAUAUGAUAGCCUGUCAGCAAAAGACAAGAGCGGAAAGGAUUGGUCAUUUAUACUUAAGCAGAUAGGCAUGUUUUCAUUCACAGGCUUGAGCAAAGCUCAGAGUGACAACAUGACAAAUAAGUGGCAUGUAUACAUGACAAAGGAUGGAAGGAUAUCGUUGGCUGGACUGUCAUUGGCGAAAUGCGAAUACCUUGCAGAUGCCAUCGUUGAUUCAUUCCAUAACGUCAGUUGAGAUGGAUGAAAAAGCAGAUACAGGUUAGAAGCAUCACCAUAGCAAUUUUUGUCGAGCCUACUAUUCCCAAGGCACAAUAUGAUGAUAUUAAAAUGUAUUAAAAUAAUUGAAAAUUUUUGUAUCGUUUCUACAUCUAUAUAUUUAAAUAAUAGCGCAAGCAAACUUGAAAAAAUUUGAAUCUAGUGAAAAUGUAUGUGGAAUGAGUAGACAUUUUAUGUUGGCCAAGCUACUGGCUUUUGUGUUC